AUGAGUGACAUCGCUAGUGACGAGGACGUCGCGCGAUAUGCCGGCCACGAUGGUCACAGUCGCUCGGGCUCGCCAGAGCUUUGUGGCACGCAAACAGCAAAUAUCGACAAGCAAUCUGAAGGUCCUGUAUCCACUAGUAGCAGCAUUAGCGCUGAGCGCGACAAUUAUACUACUGUGUCCAAGCUCGAGAACAAGCCAGACAUGUCCCAGACGACUAACGGCGCGACCGCUGUGCGGAGCAACCCCGUCGAGGAACAGAAGGGGUUUGAACGAGAAGGGGUCACGCUAUCACUUAAAUCUCUCUCGACCAAAGCUCAACAUCUCUGUCGCGUCGCAGAUGACAUUCUCGGUUGCAUGAAGAAAGUGGAAGAAGCCAUGCUCCAGUUCAAGCAGUACAUACAGGCCGAGAAGGAUGGCAACAAGCCCCUCUACAAAUGGUCCAAAUUCGAAGGCUACCGCGUUAUUAGUCGCUCAAUUAACGAUCUGGAUGAAGCAGCGGCCAAACUCGAGCCGGCCGAUCUCCCUCGUCCUCAAGUCAAGAUAUACCUUAGCAGAGCGACACAGAUUUCUCUCGCCGUUAGCCAGAUUGCUGUGUUUGCCAUGGGCGUCAUGAGUGAAAAAUCCGCCAACUGUAUCGAUGAGAUUGAAGAAUCAUCUUUGAGUGCUGAGUGCAAGGGUACUGCGCACUCGUUCGUCACCACCGAACUGAAGAAGCUUCUGAAGCACUGUGCUAGAGCAACUGAACGUGUAUAUGCAGCACUUGAUCUGCUCAGACAGUCGCUUACCAUUGAUGAGUCCUAUCAGAACCCUGAUAUGCCCCUCAUCAAAGAGCUCAUCGCCGAGAGAGAAGCUCGUCUGCACGCGUCACGCACAAGCUGGUUGUGGAACGCCGCUGGGAUCGUACUCGGGGCUGCAACAAGUGCCGCCAUCGGUCUCACAGCAGCACGUCUAUACGGAGCUGGUGGUUUCGACCUCGAAAGUAUGAUUCCAAGCAGCAGCGUGCAUGGACAAGUGAUGAAUCUCGUUCAUCGUGCUCAGGCAGUCACCAACCUCACAGGCGAGAUCUACAAGAUCAAGUUGGAGGAUCUCGGUCAGCGCUACAAUGAUCUCGUAGAAGUCUCUGAGUCAUAUGGCCUACGCAUCGACAACCUCGUGGAAGCAUUAGGCGUCCCUAAUGAGCAGGGUACCUACUUCUUGUCAGCGCCUUCAGAUUCUACCCCAAAGACAGACUGCCAAGUUCCCGAAGACAUCCGCGCAUACAUGAAAAAGAUCUCUGCAGAUGCUAAUCGCCAGCUUGAGCGGCUGCGCAGCGAGAUGGAGCUCAUGCGCAAAAAUGUUCACCGCAUGGAUAUCCGCCUUACGAAGCGUCUCGACAAGGUCGAUCGCUAUGGUUUGUGA